ACAAAGGUUCUAUAGGAGGAUGGUCUUGCUAGGCAUACUGUGUGUGUUUUACAAAGGCGGGCAGUACUUCUAUAGGUAGCGCCCUCUACCGUCACCGAUCAAAUGACUCCUUGUAUGCCUGAGAAAGAGACGGACUCGGCGCAAGAAGAAAGGCAAGCCCGAUCUAUAGCACUAGAAAAGGCAUAUGUUCACGACGUAUAUGAUCAAAUUGCGCCACAUUUUACUGAUUCCCGAUAUAUGCCUUGGCCGCAUGUGAAACAGUUUAUUUUGGACUUAGAACCCGGGAGUUUGGUAGCAGAUAUUGGUUGUGGAAAUGGAAAAUAUCUAGACCUAAAUUCUGAGGUGUACAAAGUGGGUGUAGAUCACUGCAACUCCAUGCUUCAAACCGCUAAGAAAAGAGGGCGGGAAGCACUCACGUGCGACAACCAUCAGCUACCAUUUCGUGACGAGAGCUUCGAUGCAGCUAUAUCAAUAGCUGUAAUACACCAUUUUGCUACUACUGAACGCCGCGUGAGGGCGCUUCAGGAACUAGCGCGAAUUUUGAGGAUAGGAGGCAAAGUAAUAAUAACUGUAUGGGCUAUGGAGCAAAAUCAUUGUAAAUUCAACUCUCAGGACUUGUUAGUGCCUUGGCAUCAACCUGCACAUAACGUCAGUGAAGAUUGUGGUUCGUCAGCAGAAAGGGUAUUCACAAGUAUUGAUACUAGUGACGAUGACCUUUUGCUUUGCAACACUUACUUGUCACCCUCAAACCUUGAGAAUCACCCUAAACAUGUUUCUACCCAAACAAACGUGCUCAAGACUAUUGCCAGUCAGUACAGAAAACAAAAAAGUGAUCUUCCUUGUCACAAAAGCAGUCUCAGCAACUCAGAACUACCCAGCCCCAAUGAGACGUGUUACAGUUUUAUACGACGUGUCUUUAUGAGACUUGCGGCAUCCACUUCACCUUCUGGACGGGAUACUUCAAAGCCGCACUUCUACAGCUCUAUCCGACGUCCAUUGUUUGCUGAAAGUAUGAAACCCAGUAAUUUGCUUAACCCAUCUACUCAACAGUCCCAGCAGGAACUGCACAGGGAUCAAAGCCUGGAUUUUGAAGACCCUGGCAACAUGUUCAUAGAACUACGUCACUUAGAUAAAGACAAUAUUAAUAAAAAUGAGUCUACAGAGGAUGAGAAAGAAUCUAUGAAAAAGAAGGAAGACAAAAAGUGGUCUCUGUCUGAUAUACUAGGAAUCAUACCGAGUUUCUUCCGCAUCAGGCGGUCUUCAGACAAGGAAAUUAUGAAGGAUAUGCAGAAGAGAAUCUCUAUAAUAAGUGAUCCAAGGGAGUAUCUUGUGAAAGCUGUAACAAAGAAUGGCUUAGUACGCUCUAGGUCUUCUAUGUCCUGUGUUACGCAGUUUGAUUGUUUGAAACGUCUAUUGGAUAUUGGAACUAACAACUUGAAUGAAAUCAAAAUUAACAAAGAAAAACUAAAAGAAUCACUGGUAACAAAGGAUAUGAUAUCUAUGACUAAACUGGCACCUUCAGAUAUUGUUAACGGUAACAAUAUACUUAACGUUAAAACCAAGCAUGACAUUGAAAAUACGGAGGGCAAAGAAAUAUCUAAAAAUGUGAUUCCUGAACUUUACUCAGAGUUUGCUCCUAACCAGGUAAAAAACUCUUCCUUAAUAUACCCAGAAAAUGUUAAUAUUCUUCACAACAUAGUCAACGACAUCUAUACAGUACAAAAACUGCAGGAAAAAAAGAUAGAAAGCAAUUUACUUUUUCCGAAAACAAAUUUACAAACUGUUCAAAGUCAAGAAAACAGUGAAAGCUGCCAAAACAAAGUUACGACUGCUAAAGAUUUGAAUUUUGAAAAAAGACAAAACAUAAUAAAUUCGGGAGGAGAAACAUUUGAAGUUGAGCAGGUUAAAAUGGAAAGUCGAAUAUCUUCCUAUUAUUCUAUGCCCGAACUUCACACGCUAAGAAGCACCGAAAUUUUGUGGGUACCUGAAAAUCAUUUGGCUGUUACUAAUAAUUGCUUUAAAGCCAAUCGACCAAACAAUGAUAGUUAUGUUUGUGGAAUGAAGUUUCUGAGGUAUGGAUUCUGUGAGAUGGGGUGGGAAGAAGGGGAAGACACUUCCCCUCCACUCAGUUUAAAAGCUCAUCAGUCUAACAACACGUGUGUCUCUAGGAUAAAGAAAGGGCAAGUGAGACGUAGCGUGAGUGUGGACGCAGCUAGCAACUGGAAUCCUGUCGGUGACACGUCAGCUUCGUUAGCUCGAGAAUUCCCAUAUAGUCCAAGCAGAAGGGAGAGCAUAAAGAGCGACAACAGUGCGGACAGUGAUGAGUCUAUAGUGUCAGUUAUAGCCAGGAACAAUAGCGAAGUUCAAAGUGAAUCGAGUAUUGACAGCGAGGAGUCCAUCAUUUCGGUCAUCCAACGAAGCCCUGAUGGUGCACUUGAAGCCCUGAUGGUGCGAAAAGAACAGAAAGAAAGUGGCAGCCGAUAUAAAGAAGCUUCUCCUUUAACGUUACAUGAUAGUUCUGGAAGCCGUUCAGACUCUUCACCAUCCCUUUCUGCCUCUGAACUGAGUACGAAUUCUUCAGGUACUACAAUACUAUAUAAUUUGAAAUUAGAUGUAGAACAAAAUUAUUCUCAUUUAGAUAUUAUCAAAGGUGCCAUGGAGAUGGACCCUUGUUCAUUGAUUAACCAUGAAACCACACCUAACAGCUACACAUCAAGUCAGAAAGGUUCCUUUGUCGAAAAAGUACACAUGUUUUCUUCACCCGAACUUACAGCUGAAAAAAACUUCAUAAUCAAUAAUACACAUUCAAAACAUGUAUUUAAUUUCAACGAAAAGGGUAGAAUUUUACAUUAUGAUAGUGAAAAAAAGGAGCCUUGUUUAAAUGCACUUAACGAGGAUGUUAGCCAGUACUUUAUCAAGAACAUGGAUGCCACUGUUACUUGCCAAACAGAUAUACCCAAAUGUACAGCUUUGAUAUGUAAGAAGAAAAAAGAAUUUGAUCUUCGACCAAUACAUUUAUCACAUUCACUAUUGGAAAAAACACAAAAUACUGGAAACCUUGAUCUAAUUCCUUCUCUCAGCCAGCAAUUGUUUAACUCAACUAACGGGGACCAUCGUCUGUUACACCCUGGUGGUGAGAAAACAAAUGAGACUGAAUUAGGUGAAAAUGAUAUAAAUCGUAUCAAAGGGUCUUUCCUUCCUUUUCACCCCAAUGCUACAGACUUCGCUGAAUGUAGAGGUAAUUCUGAUUAUUUUACAGGUAUAGAUUAUUUCGCUACCCAACACGGUGCGUUUAACAAUACUAUCAAGAUGGAAUUUGUUGAAAAUAAAUCUUUUGAAUGUGAUAAGUUUGUGGAUGUUUCGCCUAGAAUAAUAAACAAGGGUAGGGACUUACCAGACAUUACGUUAGACAAUUUCGAGGGAGAAUGUAGUAUCAAACCGUCAGAAGACUUUUGUAAGUCUAAUAUAUAUUGUAGUGAAAAAAUGAUACAAUUAACUACCCAAAAUAAAAAUAGUGAAAAACUGAACACUUGUAGUAAAAACCAUGAUAUAGAGCUUGAAAAUUCGGUAGAGAAAUGUGAUGAAUUUGAUGUUACGAAAUUAGCAGCAUCAAUAAAUUGUGCUGGUCGUGCAGGUAAUUUUUCAGGCGAGUAUAUUGCAUUUAAGGAAUGUGAUAACGUGAUUUCGAUAGAACCAACAGAGAUGGCUAGCGAACGUACUUCUACUAAACUGAAAAAACGUCUUGAAAAACCUAAUAGCCAAGCUAAUACAGAAGUUGUUAAACAACAGGAAAAUUACAGUGAUCAAACAUUAAAAUCAAUUGUGUCAUCAAACGAAUUUGCAGAUGUAGGUUUUCCGAAAUCACAAGAAAAACGUUGCAAAUACACUGACAAGGAACCAAUGAAAUAUUUAGAGAAAUCUAGUGAAUAUAGCGUUACUGAGUACAUUGCUUCAUUUGAUAACUCAGGUGGAAGUGAUAGCGUGAAGGUGGUGAAAUCGCCAGAGAAAGCUGUUAAAUGUGUAGACGUGAAACAGCAGCGAGGAUGUAGCCGUAGCAAGACCGUGAAUUCACUUACCACAUCGAGAGAUGGUGUUGGUAUGAAUAAUGGGAAAUCAACGGAGAUUUUUAACACGAACGCGAGUACGAAACCACUAUAUUUAAUGGGGAAUUGCAAUGAUUUUAGUAGUGAUCGGUUAAAGAGAUCAGCGGCAAAAUCGAGUAACGAUAUUGACUUAAAGUUUAUGAAAUCGACAACAAAGUGUAAUAAAAGUGUUGACAAAAAGACAACACAACCAAAGACAUUUCUAGAAAACACAAAUGAAAAUAAUGUUACGCAAUUUUUUUCUGUCACUAACGAUCCAAGUAAUAGCGUCUGGUUUCGGAACGAAAGAGAAAACUCAGUAGAAAUGUUCUGUCGUCCAAAUAGGCUUUGUUCUCGCUUUUUAAAACCUAAAGAGCAUAGUGAGUGUAUCAAAACAGAGGAAGAGGGCUCUCUUGGAGAGGAAACAAUUGUAUUUCCAGACUUAUCGCUUCACUAUGGAGAUAUACAAAUGUCUACAGCUGAAGUAGGUAUUUCCAAAGCUGUGGAGGACCCAAAAGCUCAACAUAGUUAUAUCCAGUGUCCAAUGGAUAGCAGAAGUGCUUGGGAGGAUGUCUGCGUUAAUAAAAAACUUACAGGGUCAGUCAUAGUUCAAGAUAAGGAACUGAAAGCUGUUGCAGCUGAAGAUAAAAAAAAAGACAGUGUCAAAUUUGAAGUCCAAACCAAGGAAUAUACAAGAAAUCAAAGAACAGUGAUCACCAAAGUUCAAAAUGGCUCUAACAAAGUUAAAGAUAAUAAAAAUAAAAAGGCUACAAUAAUUUUUGACCCGAGGAUAGAUAAAGCUCAGAAAACCGAGGCUGAAAGAGGUGGAGACCGAAAAAUGUUAAAAACUGUCGUAGCUGAAGACAAAAAAACAGAGGUUGUUACAGAUAGCCUUGGAAUAAUAACAGAAUCUGUCAUCGUUGAUAGACAAAGAAAAGGUCAAGAAAUAAUGAACUCAGUCAUAGCUGAAGGCCAAGUUCAUAUAGAGGAUAGUAAACAGAAUUACGCUGCAACAAAGAAGUUAGUUUACGAAGAAAAAAAUCAUAUAAAUGCAACAGACCACAAAUCUUCUGUAUUGAACAAAACGAGAAACCCUGAUGAUAAUUUUCAAUGUUAUAAUCAUGUACACAACAUCAUGAAACCAACAAGUUCCUCCAAAACAGAUCUCGUCGACUCAACACAGCAAACAGAUUCUUCACGUAUUACCACGAAACGAAAGUUUGAAUCUUUAAGUCAAAACACUUUACUGUUUAAGUCAAAUUCUCAGAAGAGUUUACAAGACAACGAAGAAGGUAAUGUUAUGACGUAUCACCGAUAUUACCAUGUGUUUCGCCAGGGUGAACUAGAAUCUCUCAUUGAAAAAUACGUAGACGAUCUACACAUUAUCUCGUCUUACUACGACCAUGCCAACUGGUGCAUAAUAGCAGAGAAGGUUCAGGUGUGGACAAUUUAGGUGCUAUCUUUUUAACUAAGGUGAAAAGUUUUUGUUCUUUCUUUUGUACACCAUAACCAGUGAGAGAGAAAAAAGAAAGUUCAGUAUCAAAUUUACUUUCAUCCCAGUCUGUAAAUAAUUUACUUUUUAUUAUCAAAACGUAGUUAUGUAUAAAGGAUAAUGUUAUAAGAACACUAAAGCAGAGAAAUUAAAGAAAAUAAUACUGAGUCCUAUUAUAUAACCUAGGUGGUGAGAAGACAAAUUAGAUGUUAUUUUUACCCCGUCUCGGAUCUUUCCCAAGCUUCCAACAUGAGAACGGUUGGUUUUUCAUGAACAUGAUAUUCUCGUUUUUUCAGUGUAAAUAACAUAAGAAGGGCUCUUUUUUGCUCAUGCCAAUUACUUUCAAUAACAUUUUUGAACUCAAUCCUAAAGAAUUUUGUGACUUAAAUUAUUAUUGUAUUGAAAAUUUUGAGCCCAACUCUCUCUCUCUCUCUCUCUCUUUCGCUUAUCGCCAUCUGUUUGUAACUAUAGGUACCACUAAUAAAAAUAGACAUAAGUUAACAGAAACUUGGCAAAUUCAAUAAUCCAGAUCAGAAACAAAUUAUUUGUAAUAUUUCCGUUCUAUACUUUAAAAUGCUUCAAAAUUAUUGAACUUACUAACUUUUACCCAUCUUUAAAAUAGACAUUGCAGUUCUAAUAGAUUGCUCUAACGAUGAUGGAUAUUCAUUCUUAAAGUUGUUUUUCAAAUGUUUUUACUAAUCUCGUAUUUUUUCUCAACUAUACCCGGUGAUAUGUUUUUACUUCUAGU